AUGAGUGAUACGGAAGAUAGUAGUAAUAGGUCAAAAUCUCUAAAACCUACAGUCAGAAAAUUCGUACCUUCGACUUCUCGUGUUAGUCUCCCAGUCAGGUUUGCAAAUCCAGAAAAUCCUGCUUCCGAGCGUCCGAUUGCCUUAUUAUCCACCGAGACUAAACAAUUGUUAGGCUCUAACGAAAACCUUCUAUACUCUGUCGAUAACACUUUAGCUAACGUAGAUAUAACGCUUGAAUUAACUAAAGAUUCAAUGGCAGAGGCUAGUCUUUUAAAUCAGACCAUUCGUAAAUACAGAGGACCAUACAGAGGACAAAGGAAUAACAAUAGAAUCCAGUACAUCAAGAGGAGAAUCGUCCAACAACACUUAUUAAAAUCAACCGCCAUUUGGGGAUAUUCCACUUGGGACGUCAGAUCGAACAGUUGA